AUGCAGACUCUAGGUCGUUUUUGUUUGUUGUUUUUUCUUCAUCAGUACUCUGUUCUUGAAAUCUAUCAUAAGUUUCUUCGUUUUUCGCUUCGCUUUUUCGUUUUCGUUGUUAUGGAUUUUCCUUCCAGUUUCAAUUUUCUUACGCAGGCGAGUGAGCUUGGUUGCGGUUUUGUUCUUCUCGGUAGUUACUUCUCUCGGAUUAUCAAUUUCGUUGGCCUUGUUCUGAUCUUCGGAAUCUGCGUCAAGAUUCUUCGGUUUUCGGAGAUUCUUCGACUCUCGCAGCCGAGGUUUCGGAAGAUGAAGGCUCCAGCGAAGGUUAAGCGUUUGGAUGUGCAGUUGAGAUCGUUAAAAUCUGCGGUGAAACGUGAUGAUUUGGAGGAGGAGAAUUUGGAGGAUGAGGUGUUUGAUGUAAUGUCGCUAAGGAAGUUGGUGAAAAUGGAGAGACAGAGAUAUGCUGCUGCGUGUGCGGAGAUCGAUAAGGAGCGUGUGGCUGCUUCGAGUGCUGCGGAGGAGGCAAUGGCGAUGAUAUUGAGGCUGCAGAAUGAGAAGAGUUCGGUUGAGAUUGAGGCGAAUCAGUUUCGGAGGAUGGUGGAGGAGAGGCAAGAGUAUGAUCGCCAAGUGAUUGAGUCGUUGAGGUGGAAUGUGGUUGAACUUGAUGCUCAGAAGAGCUUUUUGGAGGAGCAGUUGGGGGUUUUUAAGGAGAGGUUGAGAGAGUUUAUGAGGGAGGAUGAAAUUGAGCAGAUUGAAGGCGACGAUUUUGCUAGGGAGUUUUGUAAUUUCUCGGUUGAAUAUGAUUUAGAUGAAUCUUUGAAUUCUCUUUCACACUAG